AUGUCCUCCAAGGAUUCAAAGCAGAUGGACUCCUACGACCUGCCCGAGGUGCAGGUGGUGCAGCCGCCAGAGAGGGUCGGUGCGGGGGGUAAGUGGGCCCGCGCGUUCCUUCACUUUGGCCAGCCAUGUCUGGCCGAGCUCCUGGGCUCCACCUUGUUCAUCUUCGCCGGCUGCCUGUCGGUGAUGGAGAACACAGAGGGAACGGGGCGGCUGCAGCCGGCCCUGGCCCACGGCCUGGCGCUGGCCAUCGUCAUCGCCGUGCUGGGAGAGAUUAGCGGGGGUCACUUCAACCCUGCGGUGUCUGUAUCGGUCUUCAUGAUCGGGGGUCUCAACAUCUACCUACUGCUGCCCUACAUACUGGCCCAGCUCUGUGGGGGCAUGAUAGGAGCUGGCCUGGCUAUGACGAUCUCUUCGGUGGAGAACUUUGGCAACUCUUCUGGAGCAGCAUUCAACGUGGUGCAGGGAGAAGGCCAGGUUGGCCGGGCCACGGUUGCGGAGGUGGUCAUGACCCUGUUUCUCACCAUGGUAGUGUGUAUGGGGGCCGUUAACAAGCGCACCCACAGCUUGCUGGCACCUCUCUGCAUAGGGCUCACUGUUACUGUGGACAUUCUGGCAGGAGGUGCAGUUUCAGGCGCUUGUAUGAACCCAGCACGGGCAUUCGGCCCAGCUGUGAUGGCAAACUACUGGAGCUACCAUUGGAUCUACUGGAUCGGACCCAUGGGUGGUGCCUUGCUCACCGGCAGCAUUAUAAGGCUGUUGCUAGGUGACGAGAAGAUCCGAGUGCUGCUGAAAUAAUCAACCUUAAUUUUACAGUUUUUACUCUAUUGCAUUAUAAUAUAAAAUGUACACCUUCAAAUCUGAUUUUAUAAUGA